AUGACGAUCAAAUACAUCCUGUUCGACUGCGACAAUACCCUUGUCAAGACCAAGGACGUUGCCCUUGAAUACACCGCCAGAAUCCUCUGCACAAUCUUGCAGGGCAUAGGUAUCAACCAGGUCUAUACACCAGCCAUCCUCAAGGCCGUAUUCCCCGACUUCACCGACUGGACCCUGUACGGCAUCAUAGGGGCACUCCAACGCCGGCACCAUUUCAGAUUGUACUGGAAGAUCCGCGACCGAUACAUUGAUCGGGUGGACCAGUAUGUGUGCAACCAACUCGCUCAGCACGCAUCGCCAUGUGAUGGGGUGGUGCAGGUCUUGGCCAAACUGGUCGACGAGAACAAGUACAAUCUGGCCGUCGUCUCCAAUACUUCGAGCGAGAACCGUGUCAUGACUUCCCUUGGCGCAAGUGGAUUGAAUCGGUUUUUUAGCCGUGACCGUAUCUUCAUCGGACUGGAUCUACCACACUCUCGACCAGUAAACCGCCCAGAAUCCUUGGUUUACCGUCAUAUUCUGAAGGAGUACGGCGUAAAGCCGAAGGAGUGCGUGGCCAUCGAGGAUACCACUGCUGGUGCGAUAGCUGCAAUUAACGCGGGGAUUCCUGUCAUGGGCUAUGUCGGCUCAUACGAGCCUGGUGCGGAGAGACAUGAGGCAAUCGCCAAGCUCGCCAUGGUCGGUUGCAAAGCCAUCUUGGAGGACUGGGAGGACUUUGACCGACAGUGGGAGUUUCUUCGGUACCAGGUUGAAAGACGCUGA